CUCUCGGUUGACGUGGCAGUUGACAGUGUGUGCAACUGUUUGCAGAAGUCUUGUUUAUUUUCAGCGUGCUUAGUUUAUAAAGUGUCGAUCGCUGGUGUUAUCACUCUAGGCCGUGGUUGUAAUCUUUCAGGACCAUUCCUGUAAUUGAUUGCAUGAAUUAGUAACAACAUUGUUGCAACGCUUUGACAAACAAACCAACACACCAUCAGGUGUAGCAGACAGACAGCAGUGCAACUGGAAGCCUGAAGUCAACAGCUAAGAACUCUUCAUUUGCCUGUGGUUCAACACAGAACAAGGAUCACAACACGUGACCUUUUAAUGUCAACAUCUCCGAGCAGAUACUGAAGAAGAUAAGGACAUUCCACUGAACUCUAUAGCUCUUUUAACAAACAGGGUGGUUCUUUUAAAGUGAAAGUAAACUCUGCUUGCCCUUCCAGAGGAGCGAGGCAAGUGUGAAAAUGGCUUGCAAAUUCACUCUCCCCAUUGAGGAUUUAUCCUGUCCUGUGUGCUGUGACAUCUUCAGAUAUCCUGUCAUCAUGUCGUGUAGCCACAGCUUCUGUAAAGCCUGUCUGCAGAAAUUCUGGGAAAAGAGUGGAACCCAAAAGUGUCCAGUCUGCAGGAGAAGAUCCUCAAGGUCUGAGCCUGCUAAUAACCUGUCUCUAAAGAACCUGUGUGAGGCCUUCUUAAAGGAAAGCAGUCAGAGAUCCUCAGCAGGGUCUGAGGUGCUCUGCAGUCUGCAUGGUGAGAAGCUCAAGCUCUUCUGUCUGACGGAUGAACACGCUAUCUGUUUGGUGUGCCGUGAUUCAAGGAAUCACAAAGGUCAUAACUGCAUCCCCAUAGAUGAAGCUGCAGAAGAUUAUAAGAAGGAAAUCCAGAGUGCACUGAAGCCAUUGCAGGAGAAACUGAAGGUCUUUAAAGAAGUCAAGCAUACCUGUGGUAAAACAGCACAGCAUAUCAAGACCCAGGCCCAGCACACAGAGAAGCAGAUUAAGGAAGCGUUUGAGAAGCUUCACCAGUUCCUACGAGAUGAAGAGGCGGCCAGGAUAGCUGCCCUGAAAAAGGAAGAGGUGGAAAAGGGUUGGAAGGUGAAGAAGAAGAUUGAGGAGUUGGUCAAAGAUAUGUCUUGCCUUUCAGACACUAUCACAGCCAUAGAGGACAAACUGAGAGCUGACGACAUCUCAUUCUUACAGACCUACCAGGCCACAGUGAAAAGAGCCCAGUGCACACUGCCGGAUCCACAGCUAGUCUCGGGAGGGCUGAUAGACGUGGCCAAACACUUGGGCAAUCUGUCCUACAAAGUCUGGGAGAAGAUGCAGGGGAUUGUUCAGUACACUCCUGUGAUUCUGGACCCCAACACUGCCCACCCCUAUCUUAUCCUGUCUGAGGAUCUGACCAGUGUGAGAGGUGGGGAUAGAACACUGCAGCUUCCAGACAACCCAGAGAGGUUUGGCUAUGUGUGCGUUAGGGGUUCUGAGGUUUUCAACUCAGCGACACACAGCUGGGACGUUGAGGUUGGCGACGGUUACUUUUGGUUUCUCGGUGUGGCCCCUGACUUUGUCAGUAAUCAUGAUAUAUGGGAUGACAUCUGGGGUGUUUUGCAUACUUGUGGUGUAUACGUAGUAAUGUCCCCAAAUGAGUACGGCGGUAACCCUCAUCUCACAGUGGUUCGGGAUCCCCGGAGGAUCAGAGUGCAGCUGGACAGGAACAGAAGAGAGCUGACGUUCUCUGACCCUGAUAGUAACACACACCUACUUACAAUGCCACUACUUUUCACUGAGCCACUCGUUCCAAUAUUUCGUACAUAUGAAAGCAAGCUAAAGAUCCUACCAGUGAAGGCCUCUGUAACAGUGGCACAGCACAGUUAAAGUUGACACCACCUCGGCCUGUAAUUAUACAGUAUAUAUAUAUAAUAUAAUAUAAUAUACCACAAUCUCCAUCUGUUGAAAAAUAUUGAUAAAAACUUUAAUAAAACCAUUGAUCUUCAAAUGGUAUGUUUUUCUACAUUUCCAACACUGCUUUUAUGAACACACACACACACACACACACACACACACACACACACACACACACACACACACACACACACACACACACACACACACAUACACACAUACACACAUACACACACACACACACACACACACACUAACUGCUGCGGUGCUGCAUUAGACAAGAUACAGCGAUGGGGCAGUCAGUGUGUUGACUGGAGGGCUGAGGGGAGAAGGGACCAGAGGUGCCACACAGGCCCCAGGAUGAGACUGACGGAUGGGUCCACAGGCCCACAGCGUAACAGAGGGUCAGAAGGGAAACAUAGAGGGCAAGUCCCCUUGGAAAGACCAAAUCUAUCUAAUACACAAUGUCAUCUAAAAGACACACACAGACAAAACCAACUAACUGACCUUCACAUUCUCCCACAGAUACAUACGCAGCCCUUUUCCAACAGUGGUCGCACGCACUCUCUCAAAUCCAAUCUUCCUCUGUAACUGCUCAUUCAUUGCAGUCCAACAGCGGGCCAGCCUGAGGCUCUAGUCUAGAAGGAGGAGUAGCAUCAUCAGGUGGACAGCCUCGCACAUCCCACUGUUUGUUCAGAGCUCCUGCUCCCUUCCAAUCCCAUCCCACUCACAGUCAGAGUCAUAAUGAGAUGAAUGCCGGGCUACGCUGCAGUGGAAGCAGGGGGAUUUCCCAUUUCAAUCAGAGAGUUUCAUUACUUAAGGAAAGCAAGGGAGUUUUUGUUUGGUGUCUGCAGUGCACGUUGGUUUUUGGUAAGUAUUCCACUGAGUGCCUGUACUCCGUCCAUCCCUGUUCUGCUGCUGUGGCCGUUCCCUGACACCGUGCCACGCCAAAUAAAAGUCUUGCCUGCUGUUGCAUGGGGGCUCGGUGCAAUUAUCAAAGGGCAGAAGAGGUCGAAAGGGAUAAGGAGGGAGAGAGAGAGGUAGAGAAAGAGACGGAGAUAGAGAAAUAUGGAUGGAGAGAUGAGACGUGGGGAGUAACAGCGUUUGGAGCCAGAGCAAUCUGAGCUGAAAAUGAGCCUUUUACCUCACAUUGAGAGGACUCCUGCUAUUUCACGCUGGGCACAAACAUCCUUAUCUUUCGGCUUCAAAACUCCAGCUUGGAAAACUCUGGGGCCUUCCACUGCCCUUCUUCCUGCAAAACUGUAUCCUCAUGCCCCCUCUGAGUUUUUCUUCGUUCCCCUCUGCGACAUUAAAGUAAUAUUUAAGACAUGUUAAAUAGCUUAUUUAGCAUAGCUCUAGCCUGGUUCCAGAUCAGUUUGUGCUACCAUAGGAGUUGGCAAUGCCAUAGAAAUAGAAAUCUAUAGAAGGGGCUUGGAACCGCUAACCCUGGCAAUUUGACUGGUACACUCACAAUGGCUGCGAGCCCACCGCAUUACAGCAUCAUUUACUUGAAUGGACCCGUUCUAUAGAUUAUAUUUCUAUGGGCAAUACAGCACAAAGGAUCUGGGAUUGGACAACCCUUAGCCAGCCCGGAGGUGGAAAGGGGAAUAGGAGGACUGAUGCUAUCUGGUUUUCAAGUUAUGUAGCAAUAAAAAGCCACAGCAAAAUCAAUGGAGGUUUAUUGAGGCCGGUGAUGUACUUAAGGUCAAAGAGGAACAAUGGAAUACUACUCUUUACACUGCAAUGUCUUGUAGAGAGAGAUGCUGUUUACUUCCAGGUCAGAUUUACUUAAGACAUUUUCUACUUCGCUUUAAUUUGUGAUGAUAUAAGUUGUUGAAUGACAACUUUAAACUGCACUAUUCAACCUGUUUUAAAAGUAAUUGGAGUUGGUAGCGUCCAAUGUUAUGCUCUAUG